AUGCUGGUUCAGCUGAAAAGCCAAGUGGAUAAAAUUGUAUUCCGGAGACCUAGUCAGUUUAUAAUGUCAACUGCUAAGUUGAUGGAGAAUGGAGAUUUCCGAGUAGUGCCUGUCGUAGACGAUGUACUGGGUGAAAAACUCGUAAGAAAGACAGCCAAUGGUAAACUGGUGUAUCGUAGGUACUCUGGGACUGAAGGAGGCAAGGAUAUAACUGACAGAAGCACCUUGCAGAAAAUGAAUGAAGUUUACAACCUCCUGAUAAGUAUUGAAGAUAUUGUGGAGAAGUCAGGACAGAAUUUUCCAUUCUUGAUGAGCAGUGGCGCGAGCUCUUCGUUCCCUUCGGAUUCUUCAAGGAAUCUCUCAUCGCAAGGAUUCUCCACAGUACCGUUUUCAGUACAGUCUUCUGUUAAACAGUCCAUUGCGUCUGCUCCAUCCGUUAUGGAAUCUCGAGCAUUGAGGGAAAUUCCUCGACUCCAAGAAAACGCUGAUCCUUUUUAUGUGAAAGAUAUUGGAAGAGGUUGUGUCUCCAUCCGCCACAUUCUCGAUGGCAGGUUUUUACGGAUGUCUACUGGAGUUCCGAAUGUUCUAAUAUUCAGAACCAAUGAAAACGAUGCGAAAAGUGAAAUUAGAUUCGACGUUCGUGAUAUAAAUAUUCCUACCGAAGCCAAAGAUUUAGUUGAUAAAGUGAAACAAGUGAUCAAAGAACGAAGACGGAAAGCUUUCUAA